CCGUCGCUCAGUUCUCUGAGGAGCGCUGGGGGAGGACAAGAUGGCGCUGGACAGGGGCUCGGGGCUGUUUGGGGCCUCGGCUGCGGCGAACCCCCUGUCCCGCUUCACGUGUCCGGUGUGCCUGGAGGUGUACGAGAAGCCGGAGCGGGUGCCCUGCGGACACGUCUUCUGUGCUGUUUGCCUGCAACAGUGUCUAAAACCGAAGAAACCGGUCUGUGGAGUCUGUCGAAGUGCUCUGUCUCUGGGAACCAAAGCUGUGGACUUAGAAAAGCAAAUUGAAGCAACGGAGGCGACCUGUAAUGGCUGCAAAAAAAAUUUGUCUCUAUCAAAAAUGCGUAACCAUGUGGCUUCCUGUUCCAAGUAUCAGAGCUACUUAAUGGAGGGUGUUAAAGCUACCACUAAGGAUAUGGCAUAUCAGUCAAGGAAUAUCCCAAAUCGAUUUACCUUUCCAUGUCCUUACUGUCCUGAGAAGAACUUUGAUCAGGAAGGACUAGCUGAACACUGCAAAGUGUACCACAGCACGGACACUAACUCAGUGGUUUGUCCAAUUUGUGCCUCAAUGCCCUGGGGAGAUCCUAAUUACCGGAGCGCUAACUUCAUAGAUCACAUUCAACGCAGACAUCAGUUUUCCUAUGACACUUUUGUGGAUUAUGAUGUGGAUGAAGAUGACAUGAUGAACCAAGCUUUGCUUCGAUCCUUGAUAGAUAAAUGAACUCAAAAGUUAUGUUGUGGAGUUUUAAGGUUUACAUAGAAGAAGUAGAAGCAGCAGCAUCUUUUUUAAUGGCCAUGAUUAUAGCAAGGAUCAUGGUCAGAGCCCUCUUCUUCCUGCCUCCCCCCCCCCCCUUGAAACUCAUAGAUCCCAUCUUUGCUCCCUUCUUUUUGGCAGGUUUUUGUUAUGUUGCACUUCUAAUUUCUGCAUUUUUUUUUCUGCAGUGAUAACUGGUGUAUUUUUUCCUUCACCUCUUCUGCUUUUGUUUUCAUCCCUUACAGUAUUUACUGGUUACUUCCUAUACGCUAGAGUCACAUUUUGGGGCAUUUUAGCAGAAUUGAGAUAAUAGGAAGUCUAAUUUAUUUUCUUGCCCAUGGAUCUAUGAUAAAGCAUUGAAUGUUUGAUCAGACUUUGAGCUAGGAUGCCCACUAGUCCUUGGCCCUCUCUGCCUAAGACUGGGUUAAUUUUCCAGUAAGCGUACUUGAAAGUCCUUUAAAGGGUGUUUAGGAUUUAUAGUGCUGCAAAUGAAAAUUUUUGAUUACCCUUCCAUAGAACUCAAGCGCACCUCUAGAAUUCCAACUAAUUCAUACUCUUAAGUUCAAUGCUUAGUUGGUAUUGUUUAGGAUAAAAUGUAACCCCUUUUAUCUGUAAAAGUAAAUGUUUCUGGAAUUGAAGAGUAAAAUUCUAAAUCUUUAUAAAUGGGAAAGACAUUUUUUCCCCCAGACUACUGUUGUGUUUUCAGGUAUUCUCACCUCAUAUUAAACCUUUAUAUUUGUGGGUCUCCUUACAUUCUUAGCCUAAUAGCCCAUGUAGCAAAGUGUUAAAAUAAAAACUUCAGACCACUAGAGUUUUCCAAAGGAAACUGAGGUGGAAAGAGAUUUUUAAGUUAUGAUUUGUGAGAGUAGAGUGAGUGCUUGGGUUUUUUCUAAAAAGCAAAUUAUAUAAACUGAGAAAUUUUUCUUUUAUCUCUUGAAUAGUUUCUUUGUGGAAUCAGUUUCAACAGAGAACACCGUGUAUAAAAUGUCAUCCUUAAUUCAAUCUAAAAAGUAAGAAAUCAGAAUGCCCUCAGGCAGAUUCUAUUAUCUAGAGGUAACAUAGAAGCAAAGUGUUAUCCUUACCAAAAAAAAAAAAAAUCUGCUAAUAUUCAGAACAUUGUAAA